CUGCUGGGGCGUUGCGCGGGUCAUAAUGGAAUUGCAGAGGACGUCCAGCCUCUCCGGGCCGCUGUCUCCGGCCUACACUGGGCAGGUGCCUUACAACUACAACCAGCUGGAAGGGAGAUUCAAACAGCUCCAAGAUGAACGUGAAGCUGUGCAGAAGAAGACCUUCACCAAGUGGGUCAACUCUCACCUUGCCCGAGUGUCCUGUAGGAUCACAGACCUGUACACUGACCUUCGAGAUGGACGGAUGCUCAUCAAGCUGCUGGAGGUCCUCUCUGGAGAGAGACUGCCUAAACCCACCAAGGGACGAAUGCGCAUCCACUGUCUGGAGAACGUGGACAAGGCUCUUCAGUUCCUAAAGGAGCAGAGAGUCCAUCUUGAGAACAUGGGGUCCCAUGACAUUGUGGAUGGGAACCACCGGCUCACCCUUGGCCUCAUCUGGACCAUCAUCCUGCGCUUCCAGAUCCAGGAUAUCAGCGUGGAAACUGAAGACAACAAAGAGAAGAAGUCUGCCAAGGACGCAUUACUGUUGUGGUGCCAGAUGAAGACAGCUGGGUACCCCAAUGUCAACAUUCACAAUUUCACAACCAGCUGGAGGGACGGCAUGGCCUUCAAUGCACUGAUACACAAACACCGGCCUGACUUGAUUGAUUUUGAUAAGCUGAAGAAAUCCAAUGCACACUACAACCUGCAAAAUGCAUUUAACUUGGCAGAGCAGCACCUUGGUCUCACUAAACUGUUGGACCCUGAAGAUAUCAGUGUGGACCACCCUGAUGAGAAGUCCAUCAUCACAUAUGUGGUGACAUAUUACCACUACUUCUCUAAAAUGAAGGCCUUGGCUGUUGAAGGAAAACGAAUUGGGAAGGUGCUUGACAAUGCUAUUGAAACAGAAAAAAUGAUUGAAAAGUAUGAGUCACUUGCAUCUGAUCUUCUGGAGUGGAUUGAACAAACCAUCAUUAUCCUGAAUAACCGCAAAUUUGCCAAUUCACUGGUUGGAGUCCAACAACAGCUUCAAGCAUUCAACACUUACCGCACAGUGGAAAAACCACCUAAAUUUACCGAGAAGGGGAACUUGGAGGUGCUGCUUUUCACUAUUCAGAGCAAGAUGAGGGCCAACAAUCAGAAGGUCUACAUGCCGCGUGAAGGGAAGCUCAUCUCCGAUAUCAACAAGGCCUGGGAAAGACUGGAAAAAGCAGAACAUGAGAGAGAAUUGGCUCUACGGAAUGAACUCAUAAGGCAGGAAAAACUGGAACAGCUUGCCCGCAGAUUUGAUCGCAAGGCAGCUAUGAGGGAGACGUGGCUGAGUGAAAACCAGCGUCUGGUGUCUCAGGACAACUUUGGAUUUGACCUUCCCGCAGUUGAGGCUGCCACAAAAAAGCAUGAGGCCAUUGAGACAGACAUUGCUGCAUACGAGGAGCGUGUGCAGGCUGUGGUGGCUGUGGCCAGGGAACUUGAGGCAGAGAACUACCAUGACAUCAAGCGCAUCACAGCAAGAAAGGACAAUGUCAUCCGGCUCUGGGAAUACUUGCUGGAACUGCUCAGGGCCAGGAGGCAGCGCCUGGAAAUGAACCUAGGGCUGCAAAAGAUAUUCCAGGAAAUGCUCUAUAUUAUGGACUGGAUGGAUGAAAUGAAGGUGCUAUUAUUAUCUCAAGACUAUGGCAAACACUUGCUUGGUGUGGAAGACCUGUUGCAGAAACAUGCUCUAGUUGAAGCAGACAUUGCAAUCCAGGCAGAACGUGUAAGAGGUGUGAAUGCCUCUGCCCAAAAGUUUGCAAUGGAUGGGGAAGGCUACAAGCCCUGUGACCCCCAGGUAAUCCGGGACCGUGUGGCCCACAUGGAGUUCUGCUAUCAGGAGCUUUGUCAGCUGGCAGCUGAACGCCGGGCCCGUCUGGAAGAGUCCCGUCGCCUCUGGAAGUUCUUCUGGGAAAUGGCAGAAGAAGAAGGCUGGAUACGAGAAAAGGAGAAGAUCCUAUCCUCUGAUGAUUACGGAAAAGACCUGACCAGUGUUAUGCGCCUACUCAGCAAACAUCGGGCAUUUGAAGAUGAGAUGAGUGGUCGCAGUGGCCACUUCGAGCAGGCCAUCAAAGAAGGUGAAGACAUGAUUACAGAGGAGCAUUUUGGGUCAGAAAAGAUCCGUGAGAGGAUCAUUUAUAUCCGGGAGCAGUGGGCCAAUCUGGAGCAGCUCUCAGCCAUUCGGAAGAAGCGCUUGGAGGAGGCCUCACUGCUGCACCAAUUCCAGGCAGAUGCUGAUGACAUCGAUGCUUGGAUGCUGGAUAUCCUCAAGAUCGUCUCCAGCAAUGAUGUAGGUCAUGAUGAGUACUCCACACAGUCUCUGGUCAAGAAACAUAAGGACGUGGCAGAAGAGAUAACCAAUUACAGGCCCACUAUCGACACAUUGCAUGAACAAGCCAGCGCCCUUCCUCAGGCACAUACAGAAUCUCCAGAUGUGAGGGGCCGACUGGCAGGCAUUGAGGAGCGCUACAAGGAGGUGGUGGAGCUGACCCGGCUGAGGAAGCAGGCGCUGCAGGACACCCUGGCUCUGUACAAGAUGUUGAGCGAGGCUGAUGCCUGCGAGCUUUGGAUUGAUGAAAAGGAACAGUGGCUCAACAACAUGCAGAUCCCAGAGAAGCUAGAGGACCUGGAGGUCAUCCAGCACAGAUUUGAGAGCCUAGAGCCAGAAAUGAACAACCAGGCUUCCCGGGUUGCUGUGGUGAACCAGAUUGCACGCCAGUUGAUGCACAGCGGCCAUCCCAGUGAGAAAGAAAUCAAAGUUCAGCAGGACAAGCUGAACACGAGGUGGAGUCAGUUCAGAGAACUGGUUGACAGGAAAAAGGAUGCUCUUCUGUCUGCCCUGAGCAUUCAGAACUACCACCUUGAGUGCAAUGAAACCAAGUCCUGGAUUAGGGAAAAAACCAAGGUUAUCGAAUCUACCCAGGACCUGGGUAAUGAUCUGGCUGGUGUCAUGGCCCUGCAGCGCAAGCUGACUGGCAUGGAGAGAGAUUUGGUCGCUAUUGAGGCAAAGCUGAGCGACCUGCAGAAAGAAGCAGAGAAACUGGAGUCUGAGCACCCUGACCAGGCUCAGGCCAUCCUGUCUCGGCUGGCCGAGAUCAGUGACGUGUGGGAGGAAAUGAAAACCACCCUGAAGAACCGAGAGGCCUCCCUGGGAGAGGCCAGCAAGCUGCAGCAAUUCCUGCGGGACUUGGAUGACUUCCAGUCCUGGCUCUCGAGGACCCAAACAGCUAUUGCCUCUGAGGACAUGCCCAAUACCCUGACUGAGGCAGAGAAGCUUCUCACACAGCACGAGAACAUCAAAAAUGAGAUCGAUAACUAUGAGGAAGACUACCAGAAGAUGAGGGACAUGGGUGAGAUGGUCACCCAAGGACAGACUGAUGCUCAGUACAUGUUUCUGCGGCAGCGGCUACAAGCCUUAGACACUGGGUGGAAUGAACUCCAUAAAAUGUGGGAAAACAGACAGAAUCUUCUCUCACAGUCCCAUGCUUACCAGCAGUUCCUCAGGGACACAAAGCAAGCUGAGGCUUUUCUUAACAACCAGGAAUAUGUUUUGGCUCAUACUGAAAUGCCCACCACCCUGGAAGGAGCUGAAGCAGCUAUUAAGAAACAGGAGGACUUCAUGACCACCAUGGAUGCCAAUGAGGAGAAGAUCAAUGCUGUGGUGGAGACAGGCCGGAGGCUGGUGAGCGAUGGGAACAUCAACUCAGAUCGUAUCCAGGAGAAGGUGGACUCUAUUGAUGACAGACACAGAAAGAAUCGUGAGGCAGCAAGUGAACUUCUGAUGAGAUUAAAGGACAACCGAGAUCUUCAGAAAUUCCUACAAGAUUGUCAAGAGCUGUCCCUCUGGAUCAAUGAAAAGAUGCUUACAGCCCAGGAUAUGUCAUAUGAUGAAGCCAGAAAUCUGCACAGUAAAUGGUUAAAACACCAAGCAUUUAUGGCAGAACUUGGAUCCAACAAAGAAUGGCUUGACAAAAUUGAGAAGGAAGGAAUGCAGCUCAUUUCAGAAAAGCCAGAGACAGAAGCUGUGGUGAAGGAAAAACUCACUGGUUUACAUAAAAUGUGGGAAGUCCUUGAAUCUACCACCCAGACAAAGGCCCAGCGGCUCUUUGAUGCAAACAAGGCUGAACUUUUCACCCAGAGCUGUGCAGAUCUAGACAAAUGGCUACAUGGUCUGGAAAGUCAGAUUCAGUCUGAUGACUAUGGCAAAGACCUUACCAGUGUCAAUAUUCUGCUGAAAAAGCAACAGAUGCUGGAGAAUCAGAUGGAGGUACGGAAAAAGGAGAUUGAGGAACUCCAGAGCCAGGCCCAGGCAUUGAGCCAGGAGGGAAAGAGCACUGAUGAGGUGGACAGCAAACGUCUCACUGUUCAGACCAAGUUUAUGGAGCUGCUGGAGCCCUUGAAUGAAAGGAAGCAUAAUCUGCUGGCUUCCAAAGAGAUCCAUCAGUUCAACAGGGAUUUGGAGGAUGAGAUUUUGUGGGUCGGCGAGAGGAUGCCUUUGGCAACUUCCACAGAUCAUGGCCAUAACCUUCAAACCGUGCAACUAUUAAUAAAGAAAAAUCAGACUCUCCAGAAAGAAAUCCAGGGACACCAGCCUCGCAUAGAUGACAUCUUUGAGAGGAGCCAGAACAUUGUCACUGAUAGUAGCAGUCUCAAUGCUGAAGCUAUCAGACAGAGGCUCGCUGACCUGAAGCAGCUAUGGGGACUCCUCAUUGAGGAGACUGAGAAGCGCCAUAGGCGGCUGGAGGAGGCACACAAAGCCCAGCAGUACUACUUUGAUGCAGCUGAGGCCGAGGCAUGGAUGAGUGAGCAAGAGCUGUACAUGAUGUCUGAGGAGAAGGCCAAGGAUGAGCAGAGCGCUGUCUCCAUGUUGAAAAAGCACCAGAUUUUGGAACAAGCUGUUGAAGAUUAUGCAGAGACAGUGCACCAGCUCUCCAAGACUAGCCGAGCCUUGGUGGCUGACAGCCAUCCCGAAAGUGAGCGCAUUAGCAUGCGGCAAUCCAAAGUAGAUAAGCUGUAUGCCGGCCUGAAGGACCUUGCUGAAGAGAGGAGAGGCAAGCUUGAUGAGAGGCACAGGUUAUUCCAGCUCAACAGGGAGGUGGACGACCUGGAGCAGUGGAUUGCUGAGAGGGAAGUGGUUGCAGGGUCCCAUGAAUUGGGGCAGGACUACGAACAUGUCACGAUGCUACAAGAACGAUUCCGGGAAUUUGCACGAGACACGGGAAACAUUGGGCAGGAGCGUGUGGAUACAGUCAAUCACAUGGCAGAUGAACUCAUCAACUCUGGACAUUCAGAUGCUGCCACCAUUGCUGAGUGGAAGGAUGGCCUCAAUGAAGCCUGGGCCGACCUCCUGGAGCUCAUUGACACAAGAACACAGAUUCUUGCUGCCUCCUAUGAACUGCAUAAAUUUUACCAUGAUGCCAAGGAGAUCUUCGGCCGCAUCCAGGACAAACACAAGAAACUCCCUGAGGAGCUUGGGAGAGAUCAGAACACCGUGGAGACCUUACAGAGAAUGCACACCACCUUUGAGCAUGACAUUCAGGCACUGGGCACUCAGGUGAGGCAGCUACAAGAGGAUGCAGCCCGCCUCCAGGCAGCCUAUGCAGGGGACAAGGCUGAUGACAUCCAGAAGCGUGAGAAUGAGGUCUUGGAAGCCUGGAAAUCCCUGCUGGAUGCUUGUGAGGGUCGCAGGGUGCGGCUGGUAGACACAGGGGAUAAGUUCCGCUUCUUCAGCAUGGUGCGUGACCUCAUGCUCUGGAUGGACGAUGUUAUCCGCCAGAUCGAAGCCCAGGAGAAACCAAGGGACGUAUCAUCUGUUGAACUACUAAUGAACAAUCACCAAGGUAUCAAAGCUGAAAUUGAUGCUCGUAAUGACAGUUUCACAACCUGCAUUGAACUUGGAAAAUCCCUGCUAGCAAGAAAACACUACGCAUCUGAGGAGAUCAAGGAAAAGUUACUGCAGUUGACAGAAAAAAGAAAAGAAAUGAUUGACAAGUGGGAAGACCGAUGGGAAUGGUUAAGAUUGAUUUUGGAGGUCCACCAGUUCUCAAGGGAUGCCAGCGUGGCUGAGGCUUGGCUGCUUGGACAGGAACCAUACCUGUCCAGCCGUGAAAUUGGCCAGAGCGUGGACGAAGUGGAGAAGCUCAUCAAGCGCCACGAGGCAUUUGAAAAAUCUGCAGCAACCUGGGAUGAGAGAUUUUCUGCCCUGGAAAGGCUGACAACAUUGGAGUUACUGGAAGUGCGCAGACAGCAAGAGGAAGAAGAGAGGAAGAGGCGGCCACCUUCCCCUGAGCCAAGCACGAAAGUUUUAGAGGAGGCUGAAUCCCAGCAGUGGGAUACUUCAAAAGGAGAGCAAGUUUCCCCGAACGGUUUGCCAGCUGAGCAGGGAUCUCCACGGGUUAGUUAUCGCUCUCAAACCUACCAAAACUACAAAAACUUUAAUAGCAGAUGGACAGCCAGUGACCAGUCUUGGUCUGGACUGUGAAGUUCACUACCAUGUGUCAAGAACCACUCUUUCCACAUCCUGUUGGUUUUGAUUUUUUUUUUUCUUUUCGGCUUGCACAUCACCCAAAGUGUUAAAAUUCUUGCUUAAAUUCACAGCCUUCCUUGGGUUCAGAUUUGUUUGCAUUUAACUUAUGUUUAUUUGAAUCUCUUAACUGAUGGAUACUUACUGCCUUAAAGCAACGUACUUAUUUUUUAUUUAUUGUGGAGCUUUUUACUUCAUCAAGAUUUUUACAGUGAAACCUUUACAUGAGUAAUUGAAAUUAAAUGAGAUUACAGCAUAAUGAAGAAAACUAGAAUCUAACAGGUAUAGCAUAAUCAGUUAUACUAAUAGGGUACAGUAUUGUACUGAAGGUACCAUUAUUUAUAGAUACUAUUAGCCUACAGUAGUUUAGUAUUUAGGAAGACUAGUAUGCCAGGAAGGAGAUAGUCACUACUAAGUUUAAAACCUAAUAUCAGUUGUAUAACAUUCCAUGAAGUAUACAUUCAUUCAUUGACAGUAACAGAAAGGAGUUGAAUCACUUGGAAGCUGUUUUAAAUCUUAGGUGCAAGAUUCCAAAUGUUUUGAGACCCUCUGACCAUUGAUGAAUUUGUACAAACCCAUUGCUCUCAUUUUUCUGCCAAGUUCUAAGUAGGUUUUUGUGCUGCAGCAUAUGUUAUAGCAGCCUUGGGAAUAAAUUGCCUGCUGACUGUUGGCCACCAGUUCUGUCAUGGUCAGUGGCAGGUGUCAGUAGCCACCACAUGUUUUUGAAGACUGCCUAUCUGACUUCAGGCCUCUCUACUUAUACAAAGACUUUGGGGUGUCAAAUUAUGUUUUAAUUUUUGCAACAAAUGAAACAGAAGCCAUUUUGGUUCAUCCUGAUUACUUGAACAAUACAUUUGUUGGCCCAUGCCUGGGAGCACUGGAAGUCUCUCAGCUCCAAAGAGUUACAUCAAUGUCUCUACAGACAGAAACUUUUGUAUGUCUCAGAUGAAUAUUGUGGUUAUUUUUUUUUUUUUCCCAAGACUUUGUGUAUAGUUCUCUAGUAAGGAGGCAUGCAUCAGACCACUAGAGGGCAUUAAAAAACAUUUUAACAGAAAUCCUUUUCCUUAGGAAUAAAAGCUGAUGAAAGAGGUGAUUUCCUGAUUCUGAUCAAAACAAAACAAAAUCCGUAUUACAUCAAAGCCUUGCAAGAUAUUCACUUGCUCAUUUGCCAUAUUUAGAUGUGUUAGUGGAAUCAGAAAACCUGUUUUGGUAUGUGUUCUCCAUGAGUUAAGUCUAAUUUGUCUUUUCAUUUGAUGAUGCAUUUUUUUUUCUUUUGUCAGGAUAACAUCAUAUAGCAUCUUGUUUGUUUUUCCUUCUCUCUAUGUACAUAUCUAUCUACUUGUUAUUGUAGAUGGGUAUAUAGAUAGAUGCCAAGCUUUUUAUGUUCUGGGGAUAGUAUGCACCAUUAUUGAGUCUCUGCCUUAAAAUUCAUCUAAAUUUGUUUUAGACAAAACUACAACUUUGUCUUUGGUUAUUUUCUGGCCCCCAAUUAUAAUAUGUGUGUCACUGAUUUAUAUGUGUGUAUAAAUAUACAUAUAUACAUAUAUGUAUGUGUAUAUAUAUAUGUGAUGUUUCCAUAUAUAUAUGUGUGUGUGUGUGUCUUUAAAUUUUGUAUCAUCCAGAUUGAAUUUUAAUGCUUUUUUAAUUCAGAAGACUCCCCUCCAAAAACUUGACAAAAGCAUGUAAGACAGGAGUGCUCUGAUGUUUUUCAGCAUUUACUCUUGUGCUUAUUUUUGUUUGUAUUUUUAUCGAUUGGAUUGUAUUGGGGAAAGAAAAACUAUUUCAUUUUUUGAGCAAUGAUGCAGAGACUCAAGUUGAUGAAUUUGAAAAUGGUGUUGCUUAAUGUACUUUGAAAACCAAUCGGGUAUUUCCUUUGCUACUAGUUGUCACAUUGCAUUUAUGUUCACCGCCUGAUUUCAGUAUCUCAGAUGUGCCUGGCCACUAAAGCACUCUGAACUAAUUGCUGAAGAGAAGCACUGUGGGGAAGGGGCAUAUUCACAUGUACGCACUGUUGGAUCAUAGCACUAUGAUUUGCUUUUGAUGUUUGUCUCUAGUGGUGUGUUGUCUGUUGGCAUGCUUAAAGCACAUGUCCAUUAAAAUUCAUUUUGUUCCUUUUA